AUGAGUGACGGUCCUAUUGCACCACCCAAGCCCGCCGUGGUUGCGGAGGCCCAUGAGGUCGACACCUUCCACGUUCCCAAGGCAUUUUACGACAAGCACCCAGUCAAAACCGGCCCACAUCUUAAAGACCUGAAUGAAUACAAAAAGCUCUAUGAAGAAUCCAUCCGCAACCCCGACCAGUUCUGGGCUCACCAUGCCCGACAACUUCUCACCUUCGACAAAGACUUUCAAACUACUAGCCUAGGUUCAUUGGAGAACGGCGACGUCGCUUGGUUCCCCGAGGGCCAGAUCAAUGCUUCUUACAACUGUGUUGAUCGCCACGCCAUUAAGAACCCCGACAAAGUUGCGAUUAUCUACGAAGCUGACGAGCCCAAUGAGGGCCGCACAAUCACAUACGGGGAGCUCCUCCGCGAAGUGUCGCGAGUUGCCUGGGUUCUGAAGCAACGCGGUGUCAAGAAGGGUGACACUGUUGCCAUCUACAUGCCCAUGAUUCCUGAAGCUCUCGUCGCCUUCCUCGCAUGCUCACGCAUCGGUGCCGUCCACUCCGUAGUUUUCGCUGGUUUCUCCUCGGACUCCCUGCGCGACCGUGUUCUCGACGCUGGCUCCAAGGUUGUGAUCACAACAGACGAAGGAAAGCGAGGUGGCAAAAUCAUCGGAACCAAGCGUAUCGUGGACGAGGGUCUCAAGCAAUGCCCCGAUGUGACGACUGCCCUUGUUUUCAAGCGCACCGGCGCAGAGGUUCCCUGGACUGAAGGCCGUGAUAUCUGGUGGCACGAAGAGGUUGAAAAAUACCCGUCCUACAUCGCCCCCGAGCCGGUUAACUCUGAAGACCCCCUCUUCCUCCUCUAUACUUCCGGUUCUACUGGUAAGCCCAAGGGUGUCAUGCACACCACUGCUGGCUACCUGCUGGGCGCUGCUAUGACAGGCAAAUACGUCUUCGACAUCCACGAUGAUGACCGUUAUUUCUGCGGUGGUGAUGUCGGUUGGAUUACUGGUCACACCUACGUGGUAUACGCACCUCUACUGUUGGGUGUCGCAACGGUCGUUUUUGAAAGUACCCCGGCCUACCCCAACUUCUCGCGCUACUGGGACGUGAUCGAGAAGCACAAGGUUACCCAAUUCUACGUCGCCCCCACGGCCUUGCGUUUGUUGAAGAGGGCUGGAGAUGAGCACAUUCACCACAAGAUGGAACACUUGCGUAUCUUGGGAUCUGUCGGUGAGCCCAUUGCUGCCGAGGUCUGGAAGUGGUACUUCGAGAAAGUCGGAAAGGAGGACGCUCACAUUUGCGAUACCUACUGGCAAACCGAGACAGGUUCCCACGUCAUUACUCCCUUGGGUGGCAUUACCCCCACGAAACCCGGUAGCGCGUCUUUGCCGUUCUUCGGUAUUGACCCUGCUAUCAUCGACCCAGUAUCCGGCGAGGAGAUCUCGGGCAACGAUGUUGAGGGUGUGCUUGCCUUCAAGCAGCCCUGGCCCAGUAUGGCCCGCACUGUGUGGGGUGCCCACAAGCGCUACAUGGACACAUACCUGAACGUAUACAAGGGCUACUACUUCACCGGAGAUGGAGCCGGCCGUGACCACGAGGGAUACUACUGGAUUCGCGGUCGUGUUGAUGACGUUGUUAAUGUGUCCGGUCACCGGCUGUCAACUGCAGAAAUAGAGGCUGCACUCCUUGAGCACAACAUGGUUGCUGAAGCUGCUGUGGUUGGUAUCGCCGACGAACUGACGGGUCAAACCGUCAAUGCCUUCGUUUCUCUUAAGGAAGGUAAUGAGACGAGCGACCAAGUCCGGAAAGACCUUGUCCUUCAAGUCCGAAAAUCGAUCGGACCGUUCGCGGCUCCCAAGGCUGUCUUUGUUGUUGAGGACCUGCCCAAGACCCGUAGCGGUAAGAUCAUGCGUCGUAUUCUGCGAAAGAUCCUGAGUGGCGAAGAGGACAGCCUGGGUGAUAUUUCGACGCUGUCUGACCCCUCCGUGGUCGAGAAGAUCAUCGCCACUGUGCAUGCUUCCCGUGGAAAAUAA